UGCGCACAAUUGUGAGUGAGCGAUUGGCAAGAGCCACACGAGAUAAAUGACUUGUGGCAGUAAAAAUAGACCUAGCUCAUAUUAUGACCGAAAAGAGUGACAAAAAAGUUAAUGAAGAAUCAAGUUUUGUGGGAAGAGUUUACCAGAAUGAUGCAGAAAUAUUGGACAGGGAAGCAGUGGCAGCAAUCAAAGAGCAGCUGAAUGAAGGAGCCAAGUAUUUAAUGCCCAAUCUGUAUCCGAGGGUAGAGCCUGAGGUGCUGGCAACAGUGAAACUCCUGAUCUGGAGGCACACAGUGAACCGGAGCGGCGCGACGUACGGCCAGCGCCUGCUGGGCCUCUCGUACCUGCACCUGUCGCCGGCCCGGUCAGCGCUGUACGCCCUGCUGACCGUGGGUGCCGAGUGGCUCCGUCACAGACUGCCUGAGCUGCUCCGGCUGGCCGCCGCGCCCCGACACCUCAGUGAGAAGGUCCUGCAGUUUGCUGAUCGCGCGGAGCUGCUGCUGCGCGUGACGUCCCUGCUCAACACGCUGCAGUUUCUGCGGCAGGGCGCCUUCCUGACGCUCACCGAGAGGCUGCUGCGCUUGCGGAAGCGCCGCGCGGCGUCUGACGUGGUCUCCGAGACCAACUACACGUACCUGACGCGGGAGCACCUGUGGCGCGGACUCUCGGAGCUGCUGAUGUGCGUGCUGCCGCUGAUCGACUUCCGGCAGCUGCGUGGGCAGCUUCUGCGGCUGCUGCCGGCCAGCUCCGACCCGUCCGCGGUCCCCCGGCCGCCGCCCUUCACUGCCGAGACGCGCUGUGUGUGGUGCGGCGAGCCGCCCGUGCUACCUCACCUGCUGCAGUGCUGCCACCUAGCCUGCUACUACUGCCACCUGGCGGCAGCUGCCGGAGACGCGGUCCGGUGUGCCGAGUGCGGCCGCGAGUCGGACCGGAGAGAGGUGCGACCGGCGCCCGUGGUUCGCGCCGUGAACAGCUAGCUGUUGGACUAUAUUAUUGGUAAUGGUGUAGUCAAUGGGUGCAAUGUCCUAUUCCAUAUUGUUAUUACGAUGAAUGAGGACCGGAUCAGUUAUUUUUGUUUCACGUUUUGCCGUGUGCGUGGUCAGAGCUUAACGAGCAGCGUGAUUGGUAGUGAUGUUCGUACAAAUCUUAUUGUGAGAGUUAAAAUAGCACAAUGCUUGAAUGUUGUUGCCUUGUACGAGCAAUAUGAAGGGACAUUCCAUUGUCGGCCUAUUAUGAAUAGUGCUGUCUUAACACCUCGCUUUCCCAUGUCGGCGCCGUUUUCAUGGACCAUCGAUGGGCUUAGACACUGAAACUAAGGUAAUUCUACGUGUUCCUGUACAGGGCCCUUUGGCUUGCAUUUGUAAAUUCGCGUAGUUCUCAACGGUGUCGGGCUGCCGUCUUUUGAAUUCACAAGAUGAGUAGCUUAUGCUAUUGCCUAGAAAUACUAAGUACCUUCUCAUCGAUUAUUAUUUCGACCGUUUGAUUAGUGCGCAGGAUUAAGAUCUUGUAGGUGAUUCGUUGUGCCUUUAAUUACGUGAUAAUGUAAUCCGUGCGAUCCGUGAUGCUCUUUUACACGAAUGUGUCCGUGACGCUGCCUCCCAGAGGCCCCUGAAUAAGCCACGUCUCAGGUUGUCCUCUCAGUGUACUAAGGUGGCGCCAUUGCGGCUUUUGCGGCUGGCUUGAACCGGUGGUGCAAAGUCAGCCAGAGUUCGGACAUGUGUUGCAAUAUGUCACGCCAUGCAAUAAUUAACACUUCGUUUAUCGA